AUGAACAAGACUCCGUCCUGGCAGAAUGCAGGCGAGAUCUCUUCGGACCUCAAGCGCACCCUUACCACAAUUUCAGGAAUACCCGACUCCCUCCUGAGGGCAGAGCUCCUCCGGCGAGAUGCAACACGAGCCUCUAAUUCAGAUGAAACAGCAUGCGGCUCUCAUCAUCGAGGUGCCUACAACACCUCGAUCCAUGUCGGGGCGGUAUUCCUUAUUCUUGGGCUCAGUACAUUCGCAUGCUCAUUCCCAAUCCUCGCUCGCCGAUUUCCCCGUCUUCCAAUCCCCCGCCGAUUCCUUUUCAUAUCGAGGCAUUUCGGGACGGGAGUCCUGAUUGCAACGGCAUUUGUGCACCUUCUUCCCACGGCAUUCAUGUCUUUGACUGAUCCUUGUCUUCCUCGGUUCUGGAGCCAUUCGUAUCGGGCCAUGGCCGGGUUUGUGGCAAUGGUCUCGGUCUUUGCUGUCGUGAUAGUCGAAAUGUUUUUUGCCAUGAAGGGCGCGGGGCAUGUGCAUGGGACUGAUUACGAUAAUCUCAUUGGCGAGAUUUCCCGUGAUUCUAUGAGUGAGGUUGGGCUUGUGGAAGACACUGAUUACGCUAGGUUGGAAGGUCAGAUUGCAUCAGACCGUCUACCCCUGGAGAGCCUGUCACCACAUGACCCCUCAAAGGCAACGGAUCAUUCUUCUCGCUCGUCCCAUGAAUCCGCUCAGCUUCAUUCGAACGAUUCUCACGUGGACAAAGAUGAUGGUGUUACCGACCUGGAUGGGUUGGAUGCGUAUACCGACGAGACGCCUAUCAACAGGCGUGCAGCUCAUUCCUCCCCACACGAUGCGCGCCCACUUCGGCCACGUCUUGACGAAAGCACUCGGCAUCAGACAAUCUCGGAGUUACCGAUGCAGAAUCCACAACGCCAGCUUCUGCAGUGUCUACUUCUCGAGGCCGGAAUCCUAUUUCACAGCAUUUUCAUUGGCAUGGCACUCAGCGUUGCCACUGGAACAUCAUUUGUUGUUCUUUUGAUCGCAAUCAGUUUUCACCAGACCUUUGAAGGCUUUGCUCUAGGGUCUCGGAUUGCCUCGCUCAUCCCGGAUCUGUUUUCACCAUCCUCGAUGAAACCUUGGUUGAUGUCCUUAGCCUACGGGACGACAACGCCUCUUGGCCAGGCUCUCGGGUUGAUCUUGCACAAUCUCUACGACCCUGCCAGCACGGCGGGCCUGCUUAUGGUCGGUAUUACCAAUGCCAUCAGCAGCGGCCUUCUUCUCUUUGCCGGCCUAGUGGAACUUCUUGCGGAAGACUUCUUAACCGAGUCGAGCUAUGAGACCCUGAAGGGCAGACGACGUGUCGAAGCCUGUGUGUCCGUUGCCUGUGGAGCAUUCCUCAUGGCACUCGUCGGUGCUUUUGCUUAA